AUGGCCCUGUCUUUCGUGCCCUCAGAUGAUGAUGCGAAUUGGGCUACCCUUUCACGCAAUCCUUCAUCUAUGCAUAACCGGAAGAAUGGCAUCCCCAGCCAGGGCCUGCAGCAAGCCAAUAUGGUUGCGAUUGAUGUUCAGAACUGCCUUCAAAGCCAGUCUAGCAACCAAUUUCCUUCGAGUCUUCCGGAGGCAGAUUUGACCCAGGAGAUGGAUUGGCUAGGUGAUCCCGUGGCCUUAUCAACAAUGCACGCGGAAACAGCCGGGGAUGCAUAUGGUCCAAUUCUCGACCAAUAUUUCAAUGAUGGAUACUGGGAGCAAUACACUAGAGGUCCGGCCUCACAGGAAGACUCACGACUAGCUGUGGAGGGGGGCCAUGGCGGCGUAUUUGCAGGCCCCAGCGGCCCGGACCCUUCCCGUCCCACUCAAGAUACCCAUAAUCACCAGUUUGACGCCCAAGACCAGGGCUCAGCCCCCGCCACCGACCUACCGCGACCCAUUUCCGCCCAAGACCUGAAUUUACCAGAUCCAACCCCAAAUGACUCUUUCGAAACCUCUCCAGAGAAACCUAUUACGACUAAGCAACGGCGAAAGCCAAUAGAACGAGCCUGUCGGGAUAUUUCAAAGACUGACUGUGGUGAGGUAUUCUCCAACGAAAGGAAUCUUGGCGAGCAUCUCCUCAAAGAGCACAAGAUAAAAGCUUUCGGCUGCCCUAAUAAUGGAUGCGACUAUGGAACACCAAGAAAGGACAACUUAGACGCUCACAAGAAAAAAUGUAAAUGCGGGCCCCGCCCAGUCUCUUUACCUACUAAAACACAGGUUUUGAGACGCUUAUGGCUUGGCACCAAACGCUCGCAACCCAAAACGAUCCUUUCAGGUCUAGGUACAAUAGAAAAGACGAUCGCGCAACAGCCCGAUUUUGUACACUCGACUUUACAAAAUAGUCAUCAGAUGCCCCAGGCUCCAGAUAUGCCUGCGCCUUAUCCAACCGCACCUUCCCCUACAGAAACAGUACCUCCACUCCCACCUCACACGGGGGAAGCAAGCCUACUGAACAAUGCACCCUUCAUCUCAAUGGGUAAUGGUAAUUCUAUUGCCAUAAACACCCAAGCGGCUUCUUCUAAUUCCCAACCCGAACCUCAGGUUGGUCCCAAGUCACCGUCAAGAGACUCCCUUGAGCGGGAAAACGCAAGACUUAAGACCGAAGUGAGCAGGCUCAAGGCAGAAGUGAGCAGGCUUACAAAGAAGGUCGAAAAACUAAAGACAGUAUGUAAAUCUUUGGCCAGAUCUCUCCAGGUUGUCGCAGAGGCUAGGACAUAG